AUGGAUAAUGCAAAUACAACCAUCAAUGAUACAACGAAAAUACCAUUUGUGAACGAGACAAUCGAUAUAGCGACGACAAGCGAUCUCCGAGAACAUAUCCUUCAUUUAAUCCACAGACUACAGAUUCCCAAUUGGUACGGUACUAUAGCCUCCACUGAGCAAUUCCAAAUUUAUAAAUUGAAAGGAGCAUUAACGAAUGUAAUUUAUAGAUUGGAAUCGCCGCUCCUCUUGUCCGAUGAUGUAACUACUAUACCUUCUCUUCUAUUAAGAAUAUAUGGUGAUCAAGAUGAUUCUAGCGUUGAUAGAGAAUAUGAAUUGAAGAGUUUGCAAAAAUUACAUGAUGUAGGGAUGAGAGGCCCUAUUAUUUUAGGAAUCUUUAAUAAUGGGAGGAUUGAAUCAUUUUUUGAUGGGUUCCAUAGUUUGGAAAGAGAAGAGAUUCGUGAUAUGAGUAUAUCACGAAGUAUUGCUAUGGCUUUAAAAGAAUUACAUGUUAAGAUUCAACUGGAUGGGGAAAGCGUGAGGGGGCAACCUGAUUGUUGGUUGAAAAUUAAUAAAUGGAUUCAUACUAUUGGAAGACAAUUGGAACAAUUUAGUAUGGGUAAUGAUGUUGUGGAAAAGCUACUACUUUGUCCUAAAUGGGAGUUUUUCAAUACGAGUAUUCAUAAAUAUCGGGAGUGGCUACAAAAACAAGAGAGUAAAUACGAGGGAGGAUCACUUCCGUUAUUACAUUUGAAAUUUUGUCAUAACGAUUUACAACAGGGGAAUAUAUUACAUAACUACCGUAAAAGACAAGAAACGAAUAAAGACGAUGUGAUCUUAAUUGAUUAUGAAUAUGCUGGACCGAAUCCAAUUUCGUUUGAUAUAUCAAAUCAUUUGACCGAGUGGGUUCAUGAUUAUAAUAAUCAAGAAGAUCCAGCAAAAUGUGUAGGUGAGAAAUAUCCUACUACGCUAGAAUUACAGAAUUUUCUGUCAACAUAUCUAAAUCACCUGUCAUCAACAACAAAUGAUGAUAAUGAUGCUGACUUGGUGAGGUUACAUAAUUCAAUUAUUAGAUGGAGACCAUGCACUCAAUUAUUUUGGUCUGUUUGGGCAAUCCUUCAAGGUGGUGCAUUAUUAGUAGAUAAAAAUGCACAUACACAGGGCCAUAGUGAUGAUGGGGACAAAUUUGAUUAUAAUAGAUUUUGUCAAGAAAAGAUGAGUUAUUUCUGGGGCGAUUUGAUAAAAUUUGGUAUAGUGAAUAAAAACGAUCUAGAAAAAUAUGAUAUUAGAUACAUAGAAUCGGAAUUCCUUCCUGAAACGUAUAUAAAAUCGUAG